AUGGAGUGCGAACAAGUUCUUCAAAUUUCAAUGGACAAUUUACAGAUUUGUGAUAAUGGGUAUUAUAGAGAAGAAGACGAAAUCGAAGAUCUAACAAUAAUUGAAGAUCAAAGCGAUGACACAACAAUCGUGGUGGAACAACAAGAACAACAAACAUUGACAGUUCGAGCAAGUACAGCAAAUACAGAAGAAGAUAAUCAGGAUUACUCUGGAAGUUUAGUGGGGCAUACUGAAUCAAAUAUAAAAGACUUACUGAAAGUUUACGAAAAGCAUGCACGAGCUUGGGGUUUUGCUGUAAGCCUAUCUACACAUAGACUACAUCCUACAACAAGAGUAAUGUAUGAAAAGUACAUUGUAUGUAACAAGCAUGGCUUCAGAUUGAAAAGAAAAGCAAACACUCCUACAGUAACUGAGAAGAAAAAAAAGAAAGGCAAACUUGUACCUGUUACAAGAACAGGAUGUGGAGCUCUUAUAAGAGCAAAGUUAAAUGAAGAUGGCUUAUUUGAAGUCAAAGAGCAUGUUCUUGUGCAUAAUCAUCCAUUGACUAGAAAGGAAUGGCAGCAUAUGCACAGAUCAGAAAGGAAAAUCACAGAGGAGAAGGCAAAGACAAUAGAGUUACUAAAUAACAGUGGAUUAAAGCCUACACAAUCAUACAAAGGGAAAGAAGCUGUUGGAAAUUCAAUAAAAGACCAUUUGAACUUUGUUACAAGGAAGAAGAUGAAGGAAAUUGAGGGUGGGGAUGCUCAAAAUGUCAUUGACAAUUUAUAUAACCUACAAUCUGAAGAUCCAGAUGUGUUUUUUCGUUUUCGAUUAAAAGAAAAUGGAAAAUUAGAGAGUAUAUCUUGGAGAGAUUCUAUUAUGAGAGAAGAUUAUUUAGCCUUUGGAGAUGUUACUAUUUUUGAUACAACCUACAAAACCAACAAGUACAAUCUCAUUUGUGGGUUUUUUGUUGGCAUUAACAAUCAUUGGAAAACAUCAAUGUUUGGUUGUUUUUUCCUAGGAGAUGAAACAACAGAAUCAUUUGUAUGGGUUCUACAAACUUUUUUGAAAUCUAUGGGACAUGUAGCUCCUGUUUCUGUAUUUACAGAUCAAGAUCAAGCAAUGUCUAAUGCAAUAUUGAAGGUACUUCCUCAAACAAGACACAGAUUAUGCCUGCGGCAUCUAAUACAAAAUGUUGUGUCACGUUUUGGUGCAUUAAAGCGGGAUACGUCUUUCAAGGAUGCUUUCAACCACUGUCUAAGUGGAUGUGUCAGUGAAGAAGAGUUUGAAAGAUGCUGGAAAAACAUGAUAACUACAUACAAUUUAAGUAACAGUAAGUGGUUUCAACGAUUAUACAAAAUAAAAGACAAGUGGUGUACUGGUUUGAGCAAAGACUUCUUCUCUGCUGGGAUAUUAUCUUCUCAAAGAAGUGAGAGUACUAAAAAUGCAGUUUGUUUUAAGGCAAACAAAAACACAAGUUUGACUGAUUUUUUCAAGAUUUUUCAAGAAACUGUACACCGUUGGAGACGAACAGAGAAACAAUGUGAAUUUAAUUGCACAAAUUCAACCCCUACAUCAGUGUUUCCAAUGACAGGAUUACUCAAACAUGCUUCUGAGGUAUACACUCUGACACUAUUUAGGGAUUUUGAAUUUGAAUAUGGUGAAGCAAUUGGUUCAUUUUCAAACAUUGUGGCUAUGGAUGGUUACAAGCUGUAUCAUGAAGUGUACAAAGAGAAUGAUACAGAAUCAAAGCAAAAAGUAACAUUUGAUGCUGCUGCACAAAGAAUAGCUUGUACAUGA